CAUGCGUCCCUCAUUAGCCCUCGCCGCUCGCUCGGCGUGGAAGGGCCCCUUCUUCGUGCCCUUCCCCAACAUGGCGCAGGCCCUCAAGAACAACACGCCCAUCCGCACAAACGCGCGCAGCUGCACCAUCCUGCCCAACUUUGUCGGGCUUAAGUUCCUGAUCCACAACGGCAAGCACCACAUUCCCGUGGCCAUCACCGACGAGAUGGUCGGGCACAAGCUGGGCGAGUUUGCGGCGACGCGCAAGCGCUUCAGCUACCGCAUGACCAAGAACAAGUAG